AUGAAGUUCUUCUGUGUUGUCUGGAUCUGGAUUUCUCUGUCAGGUCAGUUGUGUGGUGAAGUGUUUGAUCUCAAUCUGAAGGAUUUUGGAAAUGGCGACUUCACUGUGACCAUCAGUGAACUACAGGAGUCAGACUCUGGACUUUACUGGUGUGCAGUGGAAAGAUCUGUUAAAGACACAUAUAAUGAAGUGAAUCUGAAAAUAUCUAAAGUGCACACAACUCUGCCGCCACCUACACCAACAACACAGUCAACAUCUCCAUCUACCACAGCUAUCAGAACCUCUUUAUAUUCAAACUCUGAUGACAUCACACUCUCACCGUCAGUGACAGAUUCUGUCGACACAUCAAGUCCAGCAGAAGUGUUUGUUGAAGCUGGUCCUCUGGUGUUCACAGCUGUGUGUCUGACGGCGACUCUGAUCAUAUUCGGAGUGGUUCUCUGUGUAUGGAAUUGGCAAAAGAAAAAGUCACAUAGUUCCAGUGGCCCAGCUCACACUGAUGCUAAACUCAAGAGAAAACACACCACAUGUACCACAGAGGCUGCUGGUGAUUAUGAGGAGAUCAGAGACACUCAACAGCAGACUGAACCACACACACAGGCCAUCAUUUACUCCACUGUUAAUACAAGUCCUGGAGGCAAUCAGAUCCAAGAUCCUCCAUUAUACUCCACCCUCUCCGAUCAACCAGAGUCGUGCACCAACCAAACUCCAAACUCCUGGAAUAAUGCAGCAACUAUAGUUACAUAUGCAUCAAUUAAGCAUACUGAAGUCUGUGGACCAAACACACUUAUUAGAUCAGAAGAUACAGAGACAUAUGACACUGUGUACUCUAAAGACACAUUAUGA